AGGCCCUCCUUUCUCAGGUGGCUGCAGCUGGUGAGGGGGAAAAACUUGGCCGUAGGGUGAAGGGACGCGCCGAGAGCUGUCAGGGCUGGGAGUGCAGCUGCCAUGCCGGUCCUCAAGAACCCCAGUCGGCUCAAGAUGGCCAGCAGAGGUCCUGGGGGCAGUGGUGGUGGCAGCAGUGGGCCACUGAUUCUGGUGAGGGAGAGUCUGGGUGCCAAUCCCUUUGAGGAAGACCUGGAAGAGAACGGGAGGGACUCCUUCCUCGGGGAGACCUCCCCUGGCCGAGAGAGAGCCCUCCCAGGGGACGGGGUGGACUUUGAGCGGGGCCUGUUCAGCGGGAGCCCCGAGGAGCGCUACAGGCGCCGGGCCACCCUGGAAAAGCUGGUGGGGCUGAGCCCCUUCCGCCUGGGCAAGGGCAAGAAGACUGGGGAGAAGCGGUCCCCCGGCGGCGAGCACGGCUCCGACAGGCGGUCCUUCCUGGAGCGCAUGAUGCUCCCCUUGAUGGAGGGCAACCUGGGGCAGCGCACGCCGGAGAAGAGGAAGCCCCGUCGCUGCUCAGAGGAUUUCAGCUUGCUGCAGCGCUUCAAUGGACGGCGCAGGGAGGGCCUCUACAGCUCAGACUGCGGCCUGGCAGAGGAGAAUGGCAGCGGGGAUGCCACAAAGCUCAUGUCCUUCCUGAAGAUCGGGCUGGGCGGGAAGGUGCGCCGGGCGUCCCUGGUGGAGAAGCUCAACCAGACGGAGGGCUCGGAGGCGACCCUGGUGGCUGAGGAGCGCGACCUCAAACCCAAGGAGCCCCUCUCGGUCCUGGAAAUCCUGAACUUGAUUCAUCAGAGGGACCUCCUGGUGGCUGACGAGCACAUCAUUGAGCUGGAGGCCGAGUGCGCCCAGGAGAGUGGCACAGAGAGCCAGAAGGACGGCAGCCGGAAGGCCAAGGAUGUGGCUUUGCUUUAUGAGGCACUGCAGAAGGAGCUGUGGGCAGUCCUCGCUGAGUCGCUGGCUGCCAAGGGUGCCUACCUGCCCCUGGAGCAGAUGGUGCGGGUGAUCGAGCAAGAGGAAGAUGCUGACCGCAAGUGGCUGGAGGCCCAUGGCGAUGUGGUGGGGGGCCCCGUGGCCCGGCCCCGGCAGAUGAAGAAGCAGUGGGCCGAGGCAGUAGGCAGGUUGGUUGGCCAGAAGCUCUGGCAGUGCAUGGAAGGCAAGGCGGGCGCCAUCGCCCCCCAGAUGGACCAUCUGGCCAAGUGCGCGGUGGAGGACCUGAGCACUGUGCGGUUCCACCUGCUGCACGCCUACCCCAAGGAGUACGAGGCCUUCAGUGUCUACCUUGGAAGCUACCACCGGGGCCUGGCCCGCUGCCUGGCAGAGGUGGUCCAAAGGCAGCUGAGCGUCGCUGAGCUCUACUUUGUUUUGGACUGGAACAGCAACAUCUACCAAAGGGAGGUCCUCAGCCGGCCAGAAAUCUCCCCUCUGGUCAAGCCCCAGGAGCUUGGCCCCCUCCUGUCCCUGGAGAUGCAACAGAGUCUGGAGGAACAGUGCAUUGCGGCUGUGAAGGUGAAGAUCGUCAGCGACAUGAAUCAAGAGCUGCAGAAAGAGGAAGAGAGGUGGGCGCAAGAAGACAAGGACGACAGCUCUCAGUUUGGCUUGUCCGGCAAAGUCAUCUUGGUGCUGAAGGCGCAUGCCGACAAAGCCCCCCAAAUCACUGAAGACUUUGGGAGGAGGGUGGCCCACUGCUGCCUCACCAGCCUGGCAGAGCUCCUACAGAGUUUCCAGAGGAAAGUUGAAAAGUUCCACGAAGGCCAGAUAGACGGCGGCCUCGCCCCCGAGAGCUACAUGGGCCGAACCAUCAUGCUGGUCAACUGCUGCCCACCCUUCAGAGACUACGUGGAGCACCUGGCACGGUUCGGCCACCCAGACAGUGAGGCAGUGCGGCAGCUCGCAGGCUCGUCCCUCGACCGAGUGAUAAGGCUGUGCAAUCGAGUGCUGGCUGGCCACCUCUUUCAAAGCCUCAAGCCCUAUUUCUACAAGCUGAUGAAGAGGAAAUGGCUGAACAACCCAGAGGCCUUCUCCACCAUCAUGGUUCUACUUGCAGAGCAUGCUCAGAAGCUGAGGAAGAUGAAGCUGGAGCCCUACCAGAUGCUGGUGCAGGACGUGCACCGGCGGGUGCUGAUUGAAUAUGUCCGACCUCUGAUGCGCGUUCGGAUCAUCUGCACUUCGUCAAAGAUGAGAGCCAAGGUGGCCAACAGACUCCGGAGUGAGGCGAAGCAGCUGCAGGAAUUCUUCAUUCAGCUGGAAUCCUCCUCAUCCUGGCUGGACUCCGUGGUGCCACACCUGGCUGGGAUCCUUGAGCUGGAAGACACGCCGGCCAUCCAGAUGGAAGUGGCAUUCCUGGCCAGAGCAUUUCCUGACGUGCAAAAGAAGCACCUGUCGGCCCUCCUGGACAUCCGGGGCCUGCAGAGCCAAGCCCAGCGGCAGGUCAUCCUGGCUGUCUUGGAAAGCCUGGAGCUGAUGGAGGCUGAGGCGGCCGCCUGCCAAGGCCGGGCCUUUUUCUCCGAGAUCCCCACUAGUGAGGUCUUCUGCGUCCGGGUCCAGCUGCAUCGCCUCUCGCAUCUUGGGCUCACCUGCCUCUCCCACAUGCGCCGGAGGCCCCAGCAGGGGCAGCUGCAGCGACAGAGACGGGGGCGGAGGGGGAAGGGGGCUGAGGCCCAGCUGUGAGAACGCGUGCUCUGCCCCACCCAGGCUUUCUCGGCCUGGAGAGUUGUGCCAGCAGGCUACCUUAUCCCCUCCCAAAGACCUGCCGGCAGAGGAAGG